GUGCGCCUAGUCGCGCGCGCGCUGCAACGUCACGGCUCAUGCACCAGGCGUUCGCGCCGUGUAUCGUAUGUCGUAUGUCGUACUGCUGCUGCUGCUGCUACUACUACUCCAGGUGUCUAGGUGGGCUGCAGCUAAGGGGGGGCAUGCAUCAAUUUCGGGCGGCGCUGCGCGGCCAGCCACACCACGCGAAACGAUGGCACUAUUAACGGCCGGCUACUCUACUACCCACAUAGGGGACUGGCGGGAGCGUGGCUUGCAGCGGCCAGCGUACAUAUUAAGGGAUAGGGGACCUCUCCAGCACCGUAGCUUGGUAGGGUGUCUAGAAUGCCGGCCGGCCGGCCGCUUGUCUCGCGCGCCCCGGAAGUGCUGGCGGUGGUGGCGGCGCCACCGGCCCGCGCGCGCGCGCCGGUUAUCUCGCGCUGGCUUGCCUGAUGCGCCGUAGGGCGGGCGCGUGGGGGGUACUACGUAGAACUGCCGAGGUGCUUGUUGACUGCCGGUGGCUAGGUAGAGAUAUAUGCAAGUGCCGUGCCUACCUAGG